GUGACACGUAACGCGCCGUUGGGCAGCUGACGCUCGGACAGGUUAAAGCACACGUUUCUGUUCCAGAGUUUGGCUACUAACUACUGGAAGCUGUUGUGUUUAUAGAGCAGUGAUGCGCUUCAUCAUGGUCACGCGCACAGACCGCCUCGCGCAGCCCAAACCAAACCUGCUCAGAUUCCCAGACAGGCGCUCAGUAUACUGGCUUGAUGAACUCCCAACCAGGACAAAGAACACCUCCACAACUGCCUUUGAACUGACUCCUCGCUUGGAGAAGCUCACCCAGAGCAAACAAUCAAGCCGUUUCUAUGAGGAGAGCAGAAGGUCACCGGAGUGGGUGGUAAGUGCAGCAGCGCUAAAAGCAUGUCCUUCUCAAAGAGUGUGUUCACUGGCUCUGCCUCGUGUGCCGGUUGAUGGAUGGCAGCCCGAUCGCCCCCUUCUGGCUCCUUUGAGUACUGCAGUUAAAACAGCCAAGCCAAGUCCAAGGAUACGUCAUUUAGCCCAACCAAAGAGAGCGAAGAUGGUGUCGACACACUUCAGCGUCGAUUCAAGCACCCACGCGUUUGGCAUUCCCACCACACCCUCCUCACGAAUACUGCAGCUGGCCUCUCCUAAGCAGGUUCAUGCGCAGCACGCUUUGGCCAGGCCGGUCUCUUGGCCAGUUCCGGAUCGUGUUCUGAAGGCUGUAGCCAGCGAGAGAGUGCAGACGCUGGCUCGACCCAAGUCACGUCAGGCCCUGUUUGAGGGGUACGACCCCUACCGGGUCAGUCCUGCCGCACGGGCAGCCACGGCCUCCCCCAGACUGCUGGAGCUGUCUUUACCCUUACCACGCAAAUGUUUUCUGGAAAGUCUUUAUCCUCUUCACAUGAAAAACACGUCUUUUUUGAACCUCCACAGCAUCGGUCUCAACACCUCAGUGGACAUUUUCGGUGGUCUUUGGCUAAGAACUCCAAGGGGAGGUGAAACACUCAUUUACAUGUUAUUGAAUGAGAAUCCGCAGCAUACUGUACAUGUUUCAAUAUCCUGUUCUAAUGGGACUUUAGGGGAGUUGAUAACUGAAAUGUGUGCUUCCUCUGAGCAGUUGUGAUUAUUUACCAUCUGUUUAUGACAGACCAAGGGUUUGACAAAGUUAUUUUACAUUAGAACAUAAAUCAUUUGAAUCUGUCAUCUCCAUAUAUACAGUUUAUUUCUCUGACUUACUAUAGUUCAUGUACUUUCACUGUUUUAUCAUUUCACGUAGAAAAAAUGAAUUGGGAAAACAGUUAUAACACAAUGCCAUGCAGAAAAUAAAAUGCAAGUCUUUAGAAAAGCA